CAUGGCCAUGCCUCAAAAAUCUCUAGACCAGCCCUGGUGGUCUCAUAUUCUAGAGGAUAGGGUAUUGAGUUUUCAGCCAUGCGUACAUCCCUUUUCAAACCUCUCUCCUCUAUUAAAUUAUUAUAAUAAUUUCGACCUAAACUCUUCUCCCCUUAUUAUUAUUAUUAUUAUUAUAUAUUGUUAUAAAGAAGAGAGAAUUUUGUAUACCACCUAUGUUCUUUUUUUUUUUUUUUUGAAGGAUAUACCACCUAUGGUUUAUGAGAAUUAAGGGAAGUAAUUGUAACGGCACUUCACCAUGUAAGUCAAGCCCGGGGUACAAAAUAUAUUGUAACACAUUCGAUUUGAAGUAAAGGAACCUAAAAUUGGUGUCUAUAUAUAUUCUUCCCAGAGAAAUGGUGGUCUGUUCUCAAUAAUUUCAUUCACUCGUUUUCUUCGGCUUCUCUUCUCUCUUAACAUUGUGUAUUUCUCUCCUUACUCCCCACUGCACAUUUUCUGAUAAACUCCACUAAGUCAUUUAUCUUUCCCAUCCCUCUGCACCUCCUCCAGUACUACUUUCCAUCACUUUUCUCAGCCUUCAAACCCUACGUCCCCUUGCUUUUCUCUUUUCUUCUCAAACACUCAGACACUUCAAAUUUUAUUUUUCUUACCAGUUUAUAUAUAUAAUAUAAAGAAAAUUAUAGGCUACGCAUAUAUAUAGCAAUGGAUAUUGGCCAGUACAAAUCAGAGGAGCAGAUGGAGAUGAUGAUGAUGAUGAUGCAAAUGGAAAAAAUCUCUGAGCUCUGCGGUGCCUACAACGAUGUGGUUUCCGACCUGCCGCCGUCCGAUCACAAUUUCUCAUCCACCACAACUAGUCCUAAUAGUCUCAGGGCCACCAUGUCACAUUACACUGACCAAAACACACGUAACAAUAAUAUUCAUUCACCAAACUCACAAUCCUUCCUAAACCUCCCAACAAUACCAUCCACCAUUUCAUUCACCAACACAAACCCAACCGACCAAACAAACGGCACGUCGUUUUCAACACUGUCGCAAGAAAAUGCUUCGAUGGCAGCCAUGAGGGAGAUGAUAUUCCGGAUUGCAGCCAUGCAGCCAAUCAACAUCGACCCGGAAUCUGUUAAGCCGCCAAAGAGAAGGAACGUGAAGAUUUCUAAGGACCCUCAGAGCGUUGCGGCCCGGCAUCGGAGGGAGAGGAUUAGUGAGAGGAUUCGAAUCCUGCAGAGACUUGUCCCGGGCGGGACAAAAAUGGACACCGCUUCCAUGCUAGAUGAGGCCAUUCACUAUGUCAAGUUUUUGAAGACUCAGGUCCAAACGCUGGAGAGGGCUGCGACUAAUAGGCCUACCGGGAUUGGAUUUCAUGUGGCCAUGUCUAGUGGCAGCUACAUUUCUAACUCUAUGUCUAAGGCUUACCAAGCUCCUCAUCAUCAUCAGAAUGUGCAGCAUUUCGGUGACGCUUAAUUAUUGAUUAAUUAGUCCAACUGAUAACGAGAUUAAUGUUAAUUGUUUGAUUGUGGGGUUGUAAAUUAGGAACAUGCAUGAAACUAUUAUGAUCUUCGUCGAUCUUAUAUAGUUUUAAGCUUACUUGUAAUCCAUGUUCUCUCUUCUAUUAAUUAAAUAAUAACAUCCCUCAAUUUUCAUGAGA